AUGUAUAUGUUUAUUCAGUACCUCCGUCAGUUACAAUUUCGAAAUUUUUAUUCUUCCAAAUUAAAGUAAUCGUUUUAGUGUGUCGAUAGGCUGCCGUUACGAGCUCACCAUGCGUUAACGUUACUCAAUUUUGCGUUAACGUUUAGUUUUGACCAUCGCAUGGAAGUCGCUGUAUUUUCGAGCGUGACAACAGCUCGUCACAGUUGUUCACUGCAUCCCUGGUAAUUUUACAUGAAUAACGUAAAUAUUGUUAAACUCGCAAUUGCUGUGCAAAAUAAUUACGCAAAUAAUGGAAAGGUUAACGGCUAGUUUUGAACGCCGUCAACUGGCCAAUGAGCUGAAGCAGAAACAGGCCAUAACCGAUCGCCUGCUGCAACAGAUACUCUACUCGAAACGGUUGUUGGUCGAUCACGUUGAGGCACUGGAGCAGUGCAUGCAACAGCAUCCGACUGCGACGCCCGGCCGGCAAUUGCUGACCACGCGGAACGCCUGCCUGGUACUGGGCGGCACAGUGCUGCAGCAGCUGGUUACGCCGCGUGGUCUUCGAUUCACCCUGAUACCCACCAUCCUAAUAAGCAGCACCUUUGGAGCCCUGUACGCCGUGAAGAGCGUUUUUGUGUGCCGCAACAAAAUCGUUGAACGCAAACUAGAGGAGCUGGUGAAGACCAUCGAUGAGUUUGGCAAUUGCAUCAGGCGGAACAUGACCUAUUUCCAGGAGAUCAUCAUUAUGAAGCAGGCGGAACUCAUUGAAUCUCGUCAAAUAGAACGCGCCUGGGACUGCAUUACAGCCGCGAAGGAGGUGACCGAAAUCCUCUAUGAUGCCACACGCAAGCUGGAAAUUGAUUAUCCCCUGCCCGCCAAAUAUGGUCCCUAUUAUGCACCCAUGGAGGAGCUGCGCGAAUGUGAAUACUUUAAGAAUAAUGUGACGGAUUACAGUCCCAAGCACAUAAAGGACUUUCACAACAUAUUUGCCUAUGUGCAGUCGCAGUAUUUGUUGCGCCUGGCGCUGACCAUCAUGACGCGUCCAUCGAUUUCCCGGCUCAGCGGGGAUCUGGCGAAAAUCGACAGUCUGGUGCGACAGCUUGUGCAGGAGGAGGAGCAACACUUUAAGAAUCUAGCCCUGACCAUGCAGAACAAGAAGCAACUCGAGCUGGCGGAACUGCAUGCGACCAAGACACAGCAACAACAAAGCGGACCCAUUGCCGUAUUGCAGCAUUCAUCCUUGAAGCUGAGUGCCUGCAUGGUGGCAGUGGCCGCCGAGUGUCAGGCAUUGGAUGUCACCUUGCAACAGUUGACCGCCGCUGAGGCUGCUAAUAAAAACAAUGCCGAUCAGCUGGUGGCUGUGGCCAAUAAUAUGCGUGGCAUUGAGAAUGCUUUGGCCGUUUGCUGUGAUGACUUCCAGCGUUUGAUGCUCGUCUACAACAAGUUUCUGCAUAGUAAAUUGGAUUUGGAUCUCACUAUGCCGCCCAAUAGCAACGCAUCAGCCACCAAAGACGAUGAGUUCCCCGAAAGCAUUUUACGCGUGGAGUUCUCGCAGAAUCCCAGCGAGCCGCAGAAGUGCGAUGACUUCUAUGCGUACAUGUACGACGAGGCCGAGGCGCGACAAUUCGAGAGCGAGCAACAGGCGGCGCCGUAUCCCACGCCCGAAAAGGAGCUGCUCAACUUUGAGAAACGCAUUACGAAGGGCAAGUUCAAGCCGGUGCUCAGGCAGCUUAAGGAUCGCAUUGAUCCCAUACGUCGGGUAAUGCUUGAAAAGGAGCGCGAAGUGCUCGCUGCCAAGGGCAUCAAUGUGGAUGAGCUCUUUGGCAAAAUGGAGGAGCAAGUGGAACAACAGCAGCAGGAUAAUCGCCUGUACGAUGCGAGAAGACCAAGCGAUGGCGAUGCCAUCGCAACCGACUCAGAGUCGGAUUCAGCGGAUGAGGCAUACAGGGAGCGGAGCAAGCAAGUCAAGGAACGCGACAACUUUGCCGAAAUGCGUCAGUUUCUGGCCCAGAAGCAGGCCGUCAAUCUGUUUGCAUUGGACUCGCAGAUGCGCCAGCUGCUUAGCCAAAGCAAAGACACAGCAGCUGUGCGGGCAGCACAACCAAAGCCAGCUGGCGAUGAGGAGGUGCUAGAAAGCGAGUGCUAGACGCAAAACAACACAACCUUUCAUUACUCACAUUAUCUGCUCUGAUAUGUAUUUUAUCUAUAGAAUUUUUAAGAUAAGCGGCACAGCUGCGUCAAUGCGACUUCUACAAAACAGUUUGUCAUUAGCUACUGCCUCGGUUCCUUUAUUGCCUUCUUCUAGCUUUCUUCUUUUUUUGCUAUACAAAAUGCACAACAAUAAAGUAGACAAUAGAGAAUUGUAUGCAAAAACAUAAUCUCGAUUUUAAGAUGUACUUAAUUAUAAAUAGGAAUCUUAUGAAAUGUGAGAUUUUUAAAUAUCAAAAAGCAAAUCUUUUUAUUAUGUUAAAAUUCUUACUUGUUUUAGUUUUAGAGUCGAAAAUUUAAAGAGCACAAAUAUUGUUAUGGAAAACAUAUGUUUAAGAUCUUAAAACCCCCACAAAGAAUAAACAUAUGCAUAUAUA